AUACCAGAUUUGCGUCAAGUAACCGAACACAUGCGAACAAUUUACAACUGGGUACAUAAGACAAGUCACAUCCGGUUUAUCUGGAGACCGCUAUCUGAUCCGCAAGUUCGCUUUCUUUCUUAAUCAAAUGUCAAUGCGAAAUGACGGUGCUGUAUUGCACAACACCGCUGCUCAAAUCCGAUUCGACAUGUGCGGAUGCUGGCUGGACCAACCAGUUUCGUCAUCGACCGCAACCGUUGGACUCGCGCUGCCCGGUCAAACAGCCACGACCAGCCACGAUCAAAACAGUGGUUUUCGCAGUUGGAUCGGGUUAACGUGACAUUUGGGUUGGUAGCAAGCUUCGCUCCUGGAUCGAGAGAUGCAGCGCGAUUCGGUGGCAACCGUGGACUGUCUGCGCAAUACUAUCGUCCCUGUUCGUCUAUCUUUGUUAUCGCUCACGGAUAAGGAUCAGGCGAUCCCUAAACCAGAGCAUCUUAACGACUCCACAUCUUUAGAGGCUAGAGGGUCCGGCUCGCACUUGGUGGUACCGGUUCUCAAAAGGCCACCCAAAGGUUCGGUCACUGUGAUUGAAGGUCGCCUGCGAGAUCAAUGGAAUAAGAAAGCUGAUUUUCUUCUCUCCGUUAUCGGGUUUGCAGUCGAUCUGGCCAAUGUCUGGCGGUUUCCUUAUCUGUGUUAUAAAAAUGGUGGAGGUAAGUCUGACGGUAUUAGCGCCACAUUUCAGCAUGUUGAAUAG